AUGCUGACGUUCGACGCUGAUGAUACAAUAAAUGGUGUGUUACAUCACGAGAAGCGAACUAAAAAUGAACAGCAUGACAUUGAGCCAUCAGUAACAACGGCACAAGUAUAUCAAAGUCAACAAAUAAACAAUGUUCCUCCAUUAGCUAGCGAAGACUAUGACAGCAGAUCAUCUCUGACACUAUCCGAGCCUAGUAUCACUCCUGAAAACAUUCCGAACCCUGAUAACGAAAGCAUUGAGUCGUCUCCAUCAACUAUCCAAAAUGACGACCUAAAGUCAGUAACAACCUAUGAAUUUGAUACUGUUGGUUUUGUUGUUGGCGAUGAGACUGAUAGUGCCACGAACAGUGACGAUGAUUUAUCAAGUGUUAAUUUUGACGAAAUUGGCAAAUUAUUGAUUAAUGGUAAUAGUAGAUUGGUUCCUUGCAUCUCCUAUCCAUCAUCAGAAAUGGAUAUAAGAAGUCAAGAUGUUACACAUGGAUUAAACUCGAAUUGGUGCUUACAAGCAUUGAUAGAACGAGCUAAAACAGAAGCCGAUAUUCGAAAACAACUUACAGCAUCUGAAGUAUUACUCUUUAAGUGUACUAGUGAACAAAGUUGUUAUUGA